AUGGCCGAAGAUAACAGCGCCGCCUGGCCCCAAGCCGACCAGGCUCUCUCCCAGGAGAUCCUUGACCUCGUCCAACAGGCUACCCACUACCGCCAACUUAAGAAGGGCGCCAACGAGGCCACGAAGACCCUCAACCGUGGUAUCAGCGAGUUGAUCAUCCUCGCGGCCGACACCUCCCCGCUCGCUAUCCUCCUCCACUUGCCUCUUCUCUGCGAGGACAAGAACGUUCCCUACGUCUACGUCCCCUCCAAGAUGGCUCUCGGCCGCGCCUGCGGUGUCGCCAGGCCCGUCAUCGCGGCUAGCAUCACGACCAACGAGGCUUCCGACCUCAUGGGCCAGAUCCGCACCCUCAAGGACAAGGUCGAGCGCCUCCAGAUCUAG